UCAGUCGAUUGUGACAAGUACUCGAGAAUAUACUCAUUGGACGAAGGCUGCGGGCGGCCUGACGUUUCAAAGAAAUUUUGUUCUUGUCUUUUGACCUGUUUUGACAUUUUGAGCAAUUUUGUGCUGACGAGAAGCUCUUAUAAGCGAAGACGUAAACACAUUCAAAAAUGCAUUUUCAGAAUUCUUUCCACAACGCGUCGUACGUGUCAGGUGGUGUGAUGUUGGAUAACUCGAUGAGUUGGCCGUUGAUCGCUACUAGCAAUUCCUCAGUGCCUGGAAUAAGUCUGAGCAAUUCAGCGAUGUUCGCUCCCAGCACUUGCACGCCGCUAGCUCACUCGCUCUAUCCUAACUUGGUGCAGGAAACUCCUGUUACUUCCAGUGCACCCUACUGUCCUGAUGUAGACGCGUGCAGUCUAUCACCUACACCAUCAUCUCCUUCGAUCUGCGAUUCCAUGACUGAUUCUCCUGCUCCAUCGUCAUCAUCGUCGCAGAGUGUGGACGUAUCAUUUCGCAACUUGAUGGAACAACGCAACGCCGUUGUUGCUAACCUGGCAAACCCACAGCGACCAGAGGCACCCUCAUCCUACGACGAAGAGCUCAAAGCGAUCAAACCUCUUCUUAGAAAGCCAAUCGACACAACCAGAAUGAAUGACCGCCAGGUCCAGAGGCUGGAGCGUCGCCGUCAGCGAAACAAGCAGGCUGCUGAGCGCUGUCGCAUCAAGCGACGCGAGAAGUCCUCGCAAAUCCGCCAGGAGCUCACACUCCUGACCCGGUCGAACGACGAGCUGGAGCAGGAGGUGAUCCGACUGCGCUCAGAGAUGCAGGGCCUUCAGCAGAUGCUGUGCAACCAUCACUGCCACAUUGGUCACAGCAAGGAAGAGCUGAUUGCUAUGGUAUCUGACCUGGAAGCAUCCUCCUAACUUUCACGUUUUCCUUCCCGUCUAUUUCACAGCACUAACACUGGUGACUAAAAACAGCUGAUCUAUUCGUAUUACCGAGACGACCACAUGCUGUGCAUGCUGGCAUUCAUAUCACAGACAACAUAGUAUUAUAGGAUAAUUACAGUAGGAUAGUUUAGGGCGCUACAAUCGAGAAAAUCACGCUUCGUACUGGCUACGUUUGUGUAGGUUUUCCAAUAGCUUUAGGACUGACUCUAGAAUAUAUUGCCAAGAAUGUAUCACUGGUUUAAACAUCUAGGAUUUACUUUGAUAAAGGCUUAGGCACCUAGUAGCUGCUGGUUAGCUGCCUGGAUAUGUGUUCAAUUUCAAUCCUGGCGUAUUUCUUCACGUUAUAUUCAUUGCUUUGCCUGGUGCAAAUUGUUGCUGUCGUAUGGCUGCUGUGCAGCUGUAUGUACUCGCCGCUAGCUUCUAGCCGGACUAGGUUGCUCUCGCCUUCAUUAUUUUCUGGUUCAGCUGACAUGCAGUUGCAGGCAGGUUCUGCGCUGUGUGCAGCUAGUCCAAACUUACUUAUCACCGCCAUAUAUCUUCUGGAUCAUCAUCAUCUCAAUUAUCCGUUUCAUAUUCAUGAUACAAAACACUGAGGCAGGACCUCCCUAAUCUCAA